AUGCCAACAGUCAAGAAGCUACAUUUGAUCCCAGCUCAUGUGUUGGAACUUGUCAAAGCUACCCAAAUCACAUUGAGAAUUUCUAUGAAAUGUCUUAGACUGAAGCUGCGAUCAGAGCCUGAAUUAUGUGAUGACCAAAGAUGUGCAGACAAAGAGGCGAAGAGGCAUGUGCCUUUCAUAUUUCCAUAUUUCCAUGUCUUGGAGCAGUUUCAGCUAGAUUAUUUAAUACACCUUUCAUCCAAACCCAGCACUUUCAUGGUCAGCUCUCGCAAGGCGCUUUUGACACUCGAAGGGUCUCGUGGCUUCCCAGAAACACCCCCCUCCCCCUCAGCUACCCCCUUUGGCGAUAAGCUGAAAGCCCUCAUAAAAGCUCAGGAAAGUCUAAUACAGAAAAUAAUUACGCCUUCACAUCAAGUCUUGCGCCAGUACCUGCCAGUAGGCCCGAAAUGUCUCCUGGUAUUGUUAAGUGAACCUUUCCCGUCUCAAGGCCACUUCGUUGUUGCAGGAUGUUUAACACAGCUGUUUAACACAGCUACCGCGUCGCCUGCAACUCUCGGUAAAGUUGGUAGCCCCGGUAGUUCCCCUGCAUCAACCAAAGUUGCUAGCGGCAGUUCAGGCGGUGGUGGAAGUGGUGAAAGUGGCGAAGGAGGCGGAGGAAGGGUAGGAGGAGAAGGAGAAGAUUCUGACGGCAGCAAUAGAGCUUCACCAACGAACAGAGGUACAGCUUCAGGCGCAGCGAUCGUACAAGUCCCAACGGCCAGUGUCCAGGCCGUCCGGUCCGGCAAGUGGAGCGCUUGGCAUGCGUCUGAGAAAGAUUUCAUCACAGCUUCCGCACCUACCUCUCAAAUAUUGCCGUCCAAUGCAAAGCUUAGAUUCACCUCAAACGUUACUCCCUGCCUUGUGGAAGCCAUUGCCGCAUCAUUAUCUGCUAUGUUCAACGUUUUUGUUGAUGACUGA